AAGACCUUUUUGAUAAAAUUAAAGAAUUUCAUGUUAGGACAGGCCAUGGUGGUAAUGUAAAAUUACGAAAUGCGUUACAUGAUACGUAUUAUGUACCAAGACCACCAAUUGAAAUUUUUUUAACAGUAUGUGAAACGUGCAAUUGUAAAAAACCAAUGAAUAGGAAACUUGUAAUAAAACCUAUCACAACUGCAGAUUUUAAUGAAAGAGCACAAAUUGACUUGGUGGAUUUUCAGUCAGUACCAGAUGGCAAAUUUAAAUGGAUACUAAAUUACCAAGAUCACGCGACAAAAUUUGUAAUUCUAAGACCAUUAGAAAGUAAAAGAGCAACCGAAGUUGUUAAUGAGUUAUUAUCUAUAUUGUUGACAUUUGGAGCUCCAAAAAUAUUACAGAGUGACAAUGGCCGUGAAUUUGUAAAUUCAGUAAUUAGCGAACUUAAAGACCUUUGGCCAGAAUGUGUUAUCGUACAUGGUCGCCCUAGACAUCCUCAAAGUCAAGGAAGUAUUGAGAGGUCUAAUCAGGAUGUAGAACACAUGUUACGAGCAUGGAUGGCUGAUAAUAAAUCCAAGAAGUGGAGCGUUGGAUUAAAUUUUGUUCAAUUCCAAAAAAAUAGUUCAUUUCACCGAACAAUUGGUCGUAGCCGUUAUAAGGCUUUAUUUGGAAAUGAUCCAAAAAUUGGACUAAGUACAUCAAAUUUGCCAUCUGAUCUAUUGAAAAAAUUAGCUACAGAAGAAGAUCUCGAACAUAUAUCUCAGAUAAAGGAAACUAAAACACGCUCAAUGGUCUGCAGCAUUUGUAAAGUUGAAGUGGAUUUACCACAAUCGGAGAUAGCUGAAAAUAAUGAAAUAAUUUGCCAAUUAUGUGAUUCAAGCAAAAAAAUACAAAUUCAACGUGAACUUGGACAUGAAGGUCAAAUUAUAGCUGCAGAGAAAAUGAUCAAGGUAAAUAAUAGAAUACAGUUAUAUAGUACUUUUACUAUUUAG